AUGAAGAGCUUUAGCACGCACUACGUGCAAGAGAGCAGCCCCGUGGCCCACCCUGGGGUCUGGGGGGCGCAGGACUUGGAAACGGCCGAGACGCCACUCGCAAUGCUCGAGCCAGAGACUGUGAGCAUCUCGACGCAGCGAGCACGGAUCGGUCUCCAAGCGCGCCACGAUCUGCGCCGCCAUUUCGUCAACGUGCCCGUGCCAUGCUUGCUUUUCUUUGCAUUUAUCGCGAUGGUGCUGACGCACACGCCGAUCCACCAAGUGUACUUAGCCGACCACGGCGUCUCGUCGGCGCUCAACCCCAAGGCCUCGGAUGUCGUGCAGUCCAAGACGAUUGUCAAUUUCAUGAAGAUUCGGACCAUGGACGACAUUCCAAAGUGGAUCAAC